CGCACAUAUACCAACCAAAACUAAAGUUCCCAUCCAUCUAUGCACAGAUAUAGAAUCUUGAUCUCCAAGAACCAAAAACAUCAUUAGAUUUAGUAAUGGCUAUGGCUAGUAGUACCAGCAGCUCGUCGUUGUUUCCUACACAACAACAACCGCAACAGCAACUAGGAGGCAAUGAGAUCGUACCUACGGCUACCAAUGCCAAUCUAAUAGCAGCACCAAACGCUCCAAACCAUUAUUCCUCCGGCUCCAUUGGACCCUUCUUCGCAGUCAUCUCUGUUCUCGUCGUUCUUGCGGUUCUCUCCUGCUUCUUGGGUCGCAUAUGCGCAAGGCGCCGUCAGAGUACUGUUUUAGUUGCUGAAGCCAAUCCAUUGGAGAUGAUAAAGAGCGGUGGGCUCUUAGGAUGGCUGAGACGAAAAUGGAGAAGGUGUUUGGCCGGAGAUGUUGAGGCCGGAGCUAAAGUUGCUGAUUGUGCUGGUAAAGAAACACCUAAAGAAAAUGAUCAAGCUUGAUGUCGUUUCGUGUGUUAGUGAUGAGGAAUAAGAGUAUCAACGUUCUUUGUAUAAUGCAAUCUAACUAUUAGCAAUAUUGAAAUGGUUUUUUUCGAUUCUUCAAAACAAAGCUCGAAAUCUCA